GCUGAAGAGGAAAAAUUGCGAAAUCUGUGGAGAUACUGCAUGACUGCGAGAGCACCCCUGUUACAGCGAGCCCAUAAAAAGCAUGCCCCGACAUGUUGAGCUGCUACAACAAGAGAGUGCAGGAGUGCAGCCUGAGGAAAUCUGUAAGACAGAGAAGAACAGAGGGCAGAAGCAGAAGGAAGUAAACUACCCCCUGGGAUUGGAAUAGUUGAGAGAGAGAGAGAGAGAACAAUAUUUGAAAAAGCGUCUCUCAGAGAUACUGCAACAGAGGAAGACAUCCACACAGGAAGAGUGAAUUACUACUGUGGGAGUGUUAAGUUAAUGAGGAGAGGGCUCUCCGUUUGUUGCAGCCUGCCUGUGGGGAUUCUGAAGCAUUCUCAAAGAGAAUAAUGUUGUUGGAGGAUUGUCGCUGAGGUAAUUUUCCAGUUAAUAUGUCAGUGAAGUAGUCCUUGGUUUUCUGAUUACUUUUCUAGCAUUUGCCCCAGAACCAGUUGGGCGGGGACACUGAAAUUCUUACUGGGUAUAUUAGCCAGAGAACUCAAAGUGCCAGUUGGGGGCAGCUCAUCACGGCCUGAAAAAUAACCAAGAGCUGGACUCGCCAGUAAAAACAAUUCUGUUUGGGAAACAAAAAGUUGUGCCAAAAUUGCCUGGCACAUAAUCUUCUUACUAGUGAAGUGAAAAUCAGCUUGGAGAAGCAGGGUGGCUCCAGAUAGAUUCAGGCUGAAGGUUACAGCCAGGUAGCCUCUUUGGGUCACCCUUUUGGUUCUGUAUUUCUUGCUCCUUCCCCCAACUCAGAUACUGCAAUGAGUUUGCAUGUGGUGACCGGCUGUACCAUUCGGAGAUGAGUGUCAGUCGACUGCAGGGCAGACAGUUCUACUGCCGAGACUGGGCCCUGUACAAGCUCCAGCACUGGCUGGAGACCCGAGCCUCUGGCAGGAUUUUAGGGGUUCUGGUGACAGGGGGUCCUGGCAGUGGGAAAACUGCCUUCUGCACUGAAGUGCUUUGGCCAGCGUCGGAGGCUGGGACCCGUGUUAACCUGGCCCCCCGCUGCUUGGCCCACCACUUCUGCCAGCGAGAAGAUGAGAGGACAGUGUCCGUGUCCAAGUUCAUCCUGGGCUUAGUGGAGCAGCUCCGGUGCAGUCCCUUACUCCCCGGGUAUUUUGAGAAACUGGAGGAGCCCUCGGUGAAGGCCGCCUUGGAGCCGAACCAGUGUGAAAGGGACCCUGAUGAAGCAUUCAAGAGGACAGUUCUGCAGCCCCUGCUGGACCUGCCUCUUCCAUCUCAGAACUUGCUGCUGAUUGUGGAGUCGCUGGACUCUGAACCUGUAGCAGGAACAGGCCAGGAGGGGCAUGCAGCAGGGAAGAGCAGAACCAUCGCUGAGCUUCUCUCCAGUCACCAGCAGCUUCUCCCAUCAUGGCUACUGCUUGUUUGCUCUGUCCGUCGACAGAACAAAGCACUCAGCAAGAUGUUCUUAGGUUUUCGAAAGCUUUGCCUGGAUGACCUACACAAGGCUCACACGGUGCGUGAUGUACAGCAGUACAUUCUGUGGAGGUUGGACCAGGAGAGGGCGCUGCGGAGGCACCUAACGCAUGAGACAGCUGACAUGCUGAACCAGCUACAUAUCAAGAGCAAUGGCUGCUUCCUCUUUCUGGAGCGUGUGCUGGACGGAGUAGCUGAGAACUUUGUAGCCAUCCGUGAGCUCUGUGAUAUCCCAGGCACCCUUAAUGGGCUCUAUCUCUGGCUGUGCCAACGGCUUUUUCCCAGGAAGCUUUUUUCCAGGGUGCAGCCCUUACUGAAUGCCCUGCUGGCCUCUCCACGGCCACUCAACCUGGAGGAACUUUAUACUGCAGUGUGGACAAGAGACACCACCCUUACUCCAGUCGACUUCCAUCGCAAUCUAGAUGCCUUGUCUAAGCUACUGGUGGAUGGGCCCAGCGGCACCAAGCUUCUAUUCCAUGGAAGCUUUGCAGAAUGGCUGAUGGAUGUUAAAUACUGCACACAAAAGUACUUGUGCAGUCUGGCUGAGGGUCAUGCCAUGCUGGCCAUGUCACUAACCCUCCGUGGACCACAGCUGUCCCCGAAUGAGAUACACCAGCUUGCUUUUCACCUUGUGAGCUCUAACCUGCAGCCUGAAAACCCCACCCUGCUGGCACUGUGGAUGGUGUGGAGUGGCAUCCCUUCUUUAGCAGACAAUUCCCUUACCCCUGAACCCUUCCCUCUGACCUCUGCCCAACAGGUGCUGCAACUGCUAGUAAAGGCUGGAGCUUACCCUGCUGCUUCCUCUGGUUGUGUCAAUUGGAGCUCUAGUGUUGGUUGCGCAGUCAGUGGCGGGAUGAUCUGGAAGGCUCUAGAGUGGGAGGAUUCAGUCAGAGUUCUACUGGAAAAUGGGUCUAGUGUCAAUCAGAUGGAUCCGGGGGAUGGGCGCACCUUGCUGGCCAGUGCAGCACAUGCAGGCUCUACAGAUGUGGUUGCUCUCCUCCUAUCGAAAGGAGCUGAUCCACAGAUCCAGGACCACCAGGGGCAAACCCCUGUGAUGCUGGCAGCGCGUCGGGGUCAUGCCAGAGUGCUUCAGUGUUUGCUGGAGUGGGCCCACUGGGAGGAAGGGGCCCCUCAUCUUGUUAACCAUGCAGACCAAGAGGGGUGGACUGCACUGCGUUCUGCAGCAUGGGGAGGACAUGCGGAGGUUGUCAGGAUCCUACUGGAGGCUGAUGCAGAAGUGGAUAGCAGUGACUCUGAAGGCCGGACUGCCCUGAGGGCUGCAGCUUGGGGAGGACACGAAGAAAUCCUUUGCACUCUUUUGGACUAUGGGGCCCAAGUGGACCAACCAGACCGGGAGGGCAGAACGCCGCUAAUUGCUGCAGCCUAUAUGGGCCAUAAUAAGGCAGUAGAAUUGCUGCUUGACCAUGGCGCCCAGGUAGACGUGCAAGACUCAGAUGGGCGCACAGCCCUAUCGGUGGCAGCUCUAUGUGUACCUUCAGCAGCUGGGCUUGGCUAUUGCGAGGUGGUGAGUCUCUUGUUGGAGCGAGGGGCUGAUCCAGGACAUAAGGACUGUGAUGGGAUGACACCACUGCUUCUGGCGGCAUAUGAGGGCCAUGCAGAAGUGGUAGAACUCCUACUAGAGGCUGGAGCAGAUGUGGACGAAGCUGCUGGGCCCCAGGGAGGUAGCCGCGUCUCUACUGCUGUUACACCACUGCUGGCCGCUGCCUCAAUGGGUCAUGUGUUUGUAGUGAAAACUCUACUGUUUUGGGGAGCUGCUGUGGAUGCCAUUGAUGGUGAGGGACGCACAGCACUUAGCCUGGCUGCUGCCCAAGGAAAUGUGGAGGUGGUACAGACACUGCUGGACCGCGGACUGGAUGAAAAUCACAGAGACGAUUUGGGAUGGACCCCAUUGCAUUCAGCAGCCUGCGAAGGUCACCUUGCGGUAUGUGAAGCUCUGACAAAGCAAGGUAGUGCAGCCAGAGUGACUGAAAUGGAUAAUGAUGGGAGGACCCCACUGAUUCUGGCUGCACAAGAGGGACAUUGCGAUUGUGUGAGGCUCCUUCUGAAAAGACAUUCACCGCUGGACCACCGGGGGUAUGAUGGACGUACUGCUUUGAGUGCAUCUGCACUAGAGGGACAUGUCGAUGUUGUGGAGCUACUGCUAAGGCGUGGCUCAGAGCUGGAUGUGAGGGAUGCAGAAGGAAGGCCCCUGUUAUACCUCUUGGUGCUUGAGGGGCUUCACAACAUCGUUAGGCUCCUACUGGAGAAAGGGGGUGUUCCUUUAGAGUCCUCAGACACAGAGGGCAGGACUGCCCUACAUGUGGCCUCCUGGCAAGGACAACUUGAGAGUGUGAGCUUAUUGCUCUGUCACAGUGCAGAUGCCAAUGCACUGGAUGGGAAGGGACGCUCUCCCUUGCACUCUGCUGCCUGGCAGGGCCAUGCAGUGAUAGCUCGGCUCUUGAUUGAAUCUGGGGCUGCCAAUGUGGACCAGGCUUGUCACCAGCAGGGAGCCACAGCACUGUGUAUUGCUGCCCAAGAAGGUCACACAGCGAUGGUGAGUGUCCUGCUUGAGAAAGGGGCCAAUCCGAACCAUGUAGAUCUGUACAGACGCACUCCUGUAAAAGUGGCCGGCAAAAGGGGCCACAGCAAGAUUGUCCGAUUGCUGGAGAGCUACGGGGCACCCCCCUACUGUGGCUUCCUGCCCCCUUCCCCUCUUCCUCAGCAGCAAAAAACAUCCACCAUGAAGACACAUUCCUCAGGAAUCACGUCUGCCAGUUCAGGAAGUCCGAGAGAGGCAUCUAUGGAACGUAGACACUCUCCUUGCCAUCAGCACCCCCAUCACAUAUCCAGCUCUCCCUCAGGCUCCCCAGAAUCUACGACCGAGAGGUGCAAUUCCCUGGUGACGUCAGAAAACUCACUCCAGAGUUCCAAAACAUCCUCCUCUACCUACCACUCCCUGGCCACGGCCCAGACAGUCCCAGUUGACAGUCUGAGUUUCACACAUCAGAUCCAACAACAUUCUUUGCCACGCAGCAGAAGCCGCCACUCAAACCUGGUGUCUCCCACUUCCUCGCUGUACAUCAAUGACAGCAAACCCAAAACCAUCCCACUACAGCCAGAGCCCUCCACUGCCCCCACAACUCCCUAUAGGCAUCGGACCCCUCUCUCCAGCCCUACCCUGGGAAAAGGCAUCAUGGACAGCCCAAAGGCCAAGACCCCUACCCCGACCAACAUGACCGUGGGGGUUCUCAGUAGUGUCCCAGAGAAGACGGACAGCCCCCAACAUACUGGAGGGGGGAAGUGGAACUCCUUCAUGGCUUCUCUGGUGGUGACCCCAGGACACGACAACCCCAUAAGACCUUUAAGAAGCUGGGACAGCCCUCCUCUGGGUUACCCUGUUGUAGUGGGCCCCACAGUGGAGUCCCAGCAGCGGAAUGGAGAAGCACUUUGCAAGCCAUUUGUCUCCACGCCUAGCAAAACCACAACAGGAAUCCCCCCCAGUGCCUUGUUGCCUGAGCCACUGAUCGCCAUAACAACGCUGGACCCCCAGCUGAACCUCAAGCAGGCCAUUAAGCUGCAGUUUGAGGGGCCGACCAGUGCACUGAGCUACAAGACAGAGACCCCCACGUGAGUGUGAGAAACCAGGGUUAAGCAGGAGCUGGGGUAUUGGAAAGAAUCUUAUACUGUAGAAAUAGCUUUAUUGGGAAUCUGUGAAGAUGGAAGAUGAAAGAAGGGGAGGGCAAAAAGACACUUUGGGCCACAGCAAUAACCAAGAAGUACCACAGAAGAAAUUCAACUGAAAUGCUUGAAAGAAUUGAACAGCCAAAGAUAAUUACGGGUACAGCAGGUAGGAGAAUCGGCCGCGCGGCUAAAUUUAUUUAAAAAUUAAAAAAAAAAAAAAAAAAAACAAUUAUAAUUGUACAGUUAUGAAAUUGGUGACGAAUAAAAAAUAACCGUUUGAGUCGUAAUUUUAUUGGAUGCAGAGCUCCAGGGGGAGGACAUGAUAAACUGUACAGGUAAUUGAAGUUCUGCGCUGGUGAUGACCUCAUAAUAGAAAGGAAUAGAAAAAGAACAUGCAUGCACGAUAAAAAUAACUAAACCACCAAAGACAGUAUUUACCAGCAAGAUGCUUUCAAAACAAGACACAUUUGGCUAGAAAACUGCCAAUCUGCCAGCACUGACUAGGGGAGUUGCCUAUAAAAGUCACAUGAGAGACGCAUGCAUUACUUAGUAAAUGUUACCUCAAGUUCAAUGUACAAAUAAAACGGGAAUUUGUAUCAUUUUUGUUUAAGAAAUCUUCAUUUUGUCAGUGUUCCGGUACUUUGGGAUUAAGGAUUACACCACUGCUUAUAUUGUGUAAGGUGCCAAUACUUUUGUCUGAGACUGUAUGCCCUCACUUUUUGCACUUGUCCAAAGUUGUAUUUCAACUUAAAUACAUGUUGCUCUGUUAUAGUAAAUAUUCACAAAAUGCAAAUAGCUUUUUAGUUCCAUUUAUUCAACAUAAUUUACCAAGCUUUGAAAAAUAACCCCCUAAGAGUGUAACUUAGUAAGUGGAGUUGAAGUAAAUGCACUUUUUCCUAUUCAAUAUUAUUUUCUGCUUUUAAUUUAUAUUUCAAAUCUAAAUGUUUUUUUUUUGUGAACAAAAAAAGUAUACCCGUAGUCAUAAUGUAAGGGGAAUGUCAGCUCUGAUGGAAUAGUUUAUAAACAUGAAGUAAAAUGGAUAUGUUAAAGAUAAGCACCAUGCAUAUGCUCAGAGGUUGAAAAAUGUGGCAGUGAAGCAGUCGAGUUUAUUGGAAAACAAUGGUUAUGAAACUUAAACGAAAGAGUUCUAGAAAACAGCUAAACAAAGCCAGUACCUCAGACGUCUGCAUCAUUGAGAAAGGAAAAUAGAAAAUGAGAUGAUUACGAGUAAUGCUCACUCACUGUUAGGGGUUAGCCGCUUGCAAACAUGUUCUAGGUUGAUGCUGUCCAGUAAUAAAGGAUAAGGAGACAGAGGAAGAAGGGAUCAGCCCGUUUAUUAAACACCCUUGAGAGGCUUUACAAAUUGAGUUUGUUUCCCCUAAUACAGAAAGACAAGGAGGCUUUUUCAUUUACAGAAAUCAUAACAUGUUCUAUUAGUGGGAAGGGAACAGGGCAGAAUUGGUUGGGAUUGCAAGUGCUGUAACUCCCUAUACUGCCCCUAUACAGUCAGAGGCAGGGACACAACAAAAUACUCAGCUAUCUACUGCAGUGACAUGCUGAUCCCAGACAGUAAACUACUGAUUUGCAGGGAUUCUGCCAGUAUGAAGGUGAUGAACCAAACAACCCUCAGGCAGGGUAGUGCGUCAUUAUGGGUGAUACUGGGGCAGAAUGUCCUGUAUUCAAUUUCUAACCAAGGGGGUUCCUAGGAGUCUUACAAUUGUUAUUUGAGAAGCAGUUUUUCCUGAGGGAGCGUUAACAAACAUCACUGUGGGGUCCACCAUUGGCCGCUUUGUGGUACAGGUGUUUUUGCUUGAGACAGUUGCUUUUAGCAGUACAAGCCAAAUGGAAAUCCAGAACAGGAGCCUUGCUUGCUGAACAGAAAGGAAGCUUCCACCACAGUGCUAAUGUUAAAGAAGCUCAAAGCAAAACAAGCUGCUUAGCUUACUGUUAUAACGCAUGGAUCAAGAAAACAGCUGCAGCCUCACAUUAACCCAGGACAGGGUUAGCUACUUGCUGUCACAGAUCUUUUGUUGGAAAUCAUAUAACCUCAACAGUGGUAUGUGAGAUAAUUAAACAUGAGCCAACUUUCAGCCAACAUCAUGCUGAUACGUUCAAGCUACUCAAGAUUGUGUUGCCUGACCUUUUCAAACAGGGAGAUGCUUGAAAAUGUCACCUACAACUAAUCACUUCAAAAGACUGUCUGAAAGUUUCAUGGCUUAGCCUCUAGUAAUGACAGUGGUAAAAUUCAGUUUAAAAACUUUUGAAUCUCAAAAAGACCUAUUUUUGUCUUUGUUCCUGUGCCCAUUCAAGGUCAGGGUCAGGACCAAUUUGGUCUGUUUUUAGUAUAACUCGCUGAAGUGGCUGCUUCCAAAUGCUUCCAUUUAGAAGGCUGGCUGGCAGACAUACAGUAAAAUUUGGAGUGUACAACCAAAACCUCCACCUGGAACAGAAACAUGGGGACCGGGAUCAACAAAAGCCAUACAAUAGACACUAUUAUUGCUAAUUCAAACAUUUAUAAAUUAAUAAAAGCAUUCCCUUUUUUCUUACAACCUUUUAGUUCAUUUUUUUAUUUUAAAUAUAUAAAAAUAUUUCUA